GUUUUAUUUUCUAUGUUUCUUAUUUGUUAUUCUUAUCCAUACGUGAAAUGAUCUCGGCCCCAUUUCGAUCUUCUUUAUCAUUUAUUAUAAAAAAAUUAAAUUGUCCAUAACUCGUUCAAAUCAACACAAACAUAAACACACACACACACGCAAACACAUUCACAUCACAUUGCGUCGUAGAUUUUAAAGUACUGUGAUUGUUUUAAAAUGCAUACAAAAUGUCAAAAUGAGAUUCAACAACAACAAGCUUUAAUAAUUCAACUUCAAGAAGAUUUAGUUGAUAAGAAUAAAAGAAUAUCAGAAUUAUCAGGUUUAUUGGAUAAAUAUCAAAGUGUAUUUAAUCAGUCACCAUCUUUAUCGACACCAGUAACGGUGAUUAAAGGUCAAAUACAACCACAACAAUCAAGAGAACGACAAUUGGGCUUGAAUGAUGUUGUGUUUGGAUUUGGUGGCAAUGAUCAAUCACAUGUACAUGAUCCAACUGUACAAACGAGAAAACGUGGUAUCGGUAUAUCAGCUGAACCUCAAAAUGAAGAUGAAAUUCAAUCGAAAGAACUUAAAUCAUAUCCCAAGUCAGAGGAUGUUCGUAAAUUAAUAAAAGGUGCUAUUCUGGAAAAUGACUUCAUGAAUCAUAUCGCAUCAAGUCAAUUGAGUCAGUUAGUCGAUUGCAUGUACAGCAUAGAGUUUACUGCGGGUGAAAUGAUCAUUACUGAAGGUGAUUAUGGCUCGUUAGUGUAUGUAUUAGGCGAGGGACAACUAGAAAUUUCCAAAGAUGGUCGAAAAUUAAGAGUGCUAGAUCGUCCGACAGUACUAGGGGAAUUAGCUGUUUUAUAUAAUUGCACUCGAACUGCCAGUGUUAAGGCUAUAACAAACGGAACACUUUGGGCAAUUGACAGAACAUCAUUUCAAACUAUAUUAAUGAGAGAUCAUUUACAAAAACACAAUGAUUACAUAACAUUCCUUAAAAGUGUACCAACAUUUAGUAAUUUACCAGAUAGUACAAUAUCCAAAUUAGCAGAUCAACUGAAUGAAGUUACUUAUCGUCCAAAUGAAUAUAUAAUACGUCAAGGUGCAAGAGGUGACAAUUUCUACAUAAUUGCUGAUGGUCAUGUGAAGGUGACCAUUUAUCCAACAACAGAGAAUGGAGUAAUUGAUCGUACAAAAGAGCCUCAGUUUGUACGUACACUAGGUAGAGGAGAUUGGUUUGGUGAAAAAGCAUUAACUGGUGACAACUUACGAACGGCCAAUAUUAUUGCAACUGGAGAUGAAGGGGUAACAUGUUUAGCUUUGGAUUUAGAGUCAUAUAGCCUUUUGAUUGCUGAUUUGGCUGCAUUAAAAAGGCGAUAUUCACAAGAAAAACCGCAAGAAACUACAAUUGAAGAAUAUAAGCCAGAAUUUCAAAACUUACAAUUUCAAGAUCUAAAAAUUAUGUCUACUUUGGGUUCUGGAGGUUUUGGUCGUGUUGAGCUCGUAAGUAUAGGAAGUGAUAAGACAAAAACAUAUGCUUUAAAAAAGAUGAGAAAACAGCAUAUUAUUGAAACAAAACAAGAGGAACAUGUAAUAAAUGAGCGUAAUAUCAUGUUACAUACAGAUUGUGAUUUUAUUGUAAGACUAUGCAAAACAUUCAGAGAUAAUAAAUAUGUCUAUUUACUGCUUGAAGUAUGUCUGGGUGGUGAACUUUGGUCUCUUCUAAAGGACAAGAGAACAAAAGGGUUUGUUUAUAAAACAUACGUGUGUUUUUUUCUUCUCAAUAUCUGCAUGAGAUUAGUUGUUUUGCCGUGAUUUCCAAGUAUCGAUUUAUUUGAUUAUCCAAUUUCGAAAUUUACUAAACAAAAAUAAAAACAUUUUUCACACUUUUUAUUUCUCUUGAUAAAUUGGAAUAAAGGAAGGAGGUUCUUGUCAGUUGUGAACAAUAUUUAACUUACUAAAUUCUAAUCAUAUUACUGGUGAGAAUAUAAUUUAUGGACGACCUUCGAGCGACGCCGAAAUGACAUUGAUAAUGUCCACCUAAUAACUAGGACCAAAUGAGGGUUAGAAACCACUAUGGAUAAUUAAAAUUAUGAUUUACAGUUGAUGGUUAAGGUUAGGAAUUAGAUAAAGGGUUUUCAUCACAAACUGGCAUGAGCUAUAAUGCCAAACCCUUAUUUAACCGAAUGGCUGAGUGAAUUUAAGACUUGAUAUCUUAUACCUGAUUGAUUCGUCCAUUAAUUAUAAUCUCACCGUAUCACUUUUUAUGACUUUAUUCUGAAUGCAGCUGUUAAGAAACUUUCAAAUGGAAUGAAUUCACGGGAUUCAGUUAAUUUUGUUGUUGUGCAUUCCUUCGAAUGGUCUAAUAAAUGAAAAAAGCAUCUACUAACUCAUUAUUUAUUUUAUCAUGAGGUUCAUGAUUGUGAUUGUUUAUGUUAUUUUCUGAUUUCCGUUUCAUACAUUUUGGUUACUACUAAAGUUAAAAAAACAGACAGCCUCAUUCACGCCAAGCUUAAGAUUUCCUGCUAUAAGAAGUUUGAAGAGUAACAUUUUCGAGAGUUUCCACUAGAAUAUGAAAAGAUAUGACAUCAACAAUAAGAAUUUGGAUAAGAUUAAGAAGGGAGCUAAAAAGCCCAUCUAUUCAUACAUUUAAUAAAGUGAAAACGAGUAAGUUAAAUAAUCUAACAACUGAGGUUUAUGAUAAAUGCAGACUUAGACAAAGAAUUUCGUUAAUUAAUACUGCAUACCUGGUCAAAUUGAUUUCCAUUGAGUAAAUGGGUAUCACGUAACUUUAUAUGAUGCAUAGAGCAUAGCAAACUCCAUGAAUUUAAUGAUUUUCUGUUUUAUAACACAGUACGAUUCAAUGCUUUUGACAUUUUUAUUGAAGCUUUCUUCACGAAUUUCACUAGCUUCAUAUCUUCAUAGACUUUAAAUUGAAAAUGAUUUGUCAUGCAGAAGUAAAUUAUCAUGUUGAACUGAUAAUUUGUCUAGAGCAACAAAUUGAAAUAUGGGUUUGCAAUUGUACACAAGAUCACAUACAGGACAUAAUAACCAUGUACUUAACACUGCAUUAAAGAAUAGUAAAUGUCAAAAAAAAUUUGAGCAAACGUUGAACAUAACAAUUUAUUAGCAGCUACAAUAGUAUACUCUGAAUCACCCUCCUGAGAUGCAGCUUAGAUUACUGAAAGACAAAUUUCUACAGAAAAAGAUACAUCAUUUAAGAUAUAAGAUUGUUACAAAAAUUUCAUUACAUAUUUGUUAAUUCACCUGUUCUUAUAGAUGGUGCUCAUUGUGUCUAAAUAGUUCAAGAGCAUUAGUUUGUGCAGUUGGAAAAAGGCAGUGGCAGAUGCAUAAUAUGUGAAAUAAUAAGCAUUUUGUUAAUAUAUGUGGUUCAAUUACAAUAGACUAAUAUUUCGGUUAUCUAAAAAUUAAAAAGAAACUUACCACAGAUAGUACAUCUUCACCUCCUGUGUAUUAUUGAAAUUUUCUUAUACCCACAGUAAGUCUCAAAAUGAAUGAAGUAAAGAUGAACUCGAACAACUCACUCCACUAUGGUCUUACUUUCUAACAUGAGAAUUCUACUACCACUCUCAUUUAAUCCGUUAAUCUUUUCUUACAUGUACAUUGAUACUGUUUCAUUAGUUUAUUUUUCGUAUGGUAAAGUAACAUACUUUAAGACGUCUUUAAAUAUAAUAAGAUUUGUGGGUUGGUUAAAGUUAGACAUUAACACCAUGGGAUGCCGACUCAGUGGUCUAGAGGUUAAGUGUUCGUGCGCGAGACCGAAGGUGGAUGCGUACUAUUGAAGAGUCCCAUACUAGGACGAAAUUGCCGUUCAGUGCUUCCAGGCUUUCCAUGGUGGUCUAGCUUUAAUUGGCUCAUGAAUUCAACUAUAAAAUAAAUAAUUCUCAUUUAAAAUGGAAUCAUUAGUAAGAUAUAAUGUAAAUAAUAUAAUGUAAAAAUAAAAAAUUGCAUGAUCAUCUC